AUGAGUGCAACAUUGCCAAUAUCAAAUACUACCAUGGCAAGCCGUGAUCAUUUUCAUUCAUCCAUUCCUGAACGACGAAUUCGCAAUCGAAGCUUGUGUAGCUUACUUUGUACUCCACCACUCUAUCCCGGUUAUUCAGCAAAACAUGACAAAACAUUUAAAUCCAACAUUUAUCAGCAAUCAUUGAAACCGAUAAUAUCCGAAAUAGCAACAUCCUCAAAUCCGGUAUCACAUAAUUCUGCGACGAAUGCCGAUUUUCACGCAUCUUCAACUGGAAAUAUCAUCGUAACACCAUGUCCAUUUAAGCCAUCAGAAAAUAAGGAUGUAAGUUGGAAUAGUCCGAAAAAGUGUACAAAUUCGAAGGAAUCAUCCGGUUAUGGCUCCGGAGCAUCCGAAUCAGAUCUGGAAAAUGAGCAACAAACAAAGAAGAUUUUAGAAGCUAUUAAUUCUUCUUCAAAUACUUUUAAUGCUAAUAUUAAUUGUGAUCGUUCUUCUACUAAUACUACGACGAUGAAUGAUAAUUGCGAUAAAGUUGAAAUAGUUGGACGAGCAACAACACAUAUACCAAUAAGGCAACAAAUUAAUCGUCAACAUAAGUUUGAAAAGAAUAGACGUCGAAGUGUUCCUGCCAAUCUUCGUAAUGCUUUUACUGAUGAAAUUGUUCACGUACUCGAAAUCAACGGCGUAUUUCAAUAUGAAACAGAUGCGGUAAGCUUUUUUUAG